GUCAUCACUCGGGAGGAAGCGGCGGGAACACAACCUUGGUUUUUCGUAGAUUUGAUUCACUGUUGAACAAAUUUCAGACAUGGCUUGCAACAAAGAAAUCUGGCAGAAGAUUGGUGAAGGCUUUGUCCAGGAAUAUUAUAACCAGUUUGAUAACACCAACAGGAUGGGACUUGCUCACCUAUAUUCUCCCGAUGCCUGUUUGACCUGGGAAGGGUCACCGUUUCAGGGGAGAGACGCCAUUGCUGAUAAACUAGUAAACCUACCUUUCAAGCGUAUUAAGCACAUUAUCACGGAGCAAGACUGCCAACCAACAAUGGAUUCUUGUAUUCUUAUCAUGGUCUUUGGACAGCUGCAGGCAGAUGAUGAUCCACCAAUGGCCUUUCAUCAAGUGUUCAUGCUAAAGUGUCAGAACUCUGCAUGGACAUGCACAAACGAUGUGUUUCGGUUGGGUGUACACAAUAUCCCAGUGUAA